AUGGCUUCUCUUUCGCUCUCGGCGAGCCUCCAUGUCGCGAGCCGCUCAGCGACGUCCGCGAAUUCACUGGCGAACGCUAAGCGCCUCGCGAUUUCCGCGACACCCAUUUCGUUGACGUCGCACGGCGUCGCUGCGGGGAGUGCGUCGCGAUGGGCGAUGACUGCGACCAUUCCUCCCAAGGUUUCCGGCCCUCCUGCAAACGGUUCGGCUGCCAAAAAUGGACCAACUCUGGUGGUGCCGCAGCAACGCGCGCACACCAUUACAAAGGAGAGACUGGCGAUCGUUCAGUCCAUGGAUGGCUGGGCGGAGGCGGUGCUGCUUCCGCUGCUGAAGCCUGUGGAGGCCAGCUGGCAGCCUCAGGAUUACCUCCCCCAACCCGAAAUGGACUCUUUCUUGGAUGAGCUGGCCGACCUCCAAGCCAGAGCAGCAGGCCUCCCAGACGACUACCUGGUGUGCCUUGUGGGGGAUAUGAUCACCGAGGAGGCCCUCCCCACCUACCAAACCAUGCUCAAUACCCUGGAUGGGACUAGAGACGAGACUGGCGCGAGCCCGAGCCCGUGGGCUGUGUGGACGAGGAAAUGGACGGCGGAGGAGAAUCGGCACGGGGAUCUGCUGAAUCGGUAUCUGUAUCUCUCCGGGCGGGUGGAUAUGCGGGCUGUCGAGAAGACAAUCAACUACCUGAUUGGCUCGGGGAUGGACCCCAAGACCGAGAACAACCCCUAUCUGGGGUUCGUCUAUACAUCCUUCCAGGAGCGAGCGACCUUCAUUUCCCACGGCAACACGGCACGCCACGCCAAAGAGUUUGGAGAUGACCGGCUGGCUGUGAUUUGUGGGAUGAUAGCGGCCGAUGAGAAGAGGCACGAGAAGGCGUACUGUGCGAUCGUGUCGCGGCUCUUUGAGCUCGAUCCGUCCGGGGCUAUGCUUGCGUUUGAAGACAUGAUGAGGAAGCAGAUCGUCAUGCCAGCUCACCUCAUGUAUGAUGGGGAGAACCCAAAACUUUUUGACGAUUUCUCCGCAGUAGCACAGCGCACUGGGGUGUAUACUGCUGGCGAUUACGCUGAUAUAAUGGAGCACCUUAUAGCGGUGUGGGACGUGGAGAAAAUGGAGGGGCUCUCCCCAGAGGCGGCACGUGCGCAGGAGUUUGUCUGCAAGCUGCCGCCCAGGAUCAGGAGGUUGGCAGAGCGGGCGGCGGAUAAGGUGAAGAAGGGCGGCCCGCAGACGGGCAAGUUCAGCUGGGUUUUUAACAGGGAGGUGAAGCUUGUGUAA